AUGUCACUUGUCCAAAUCUACCAAACCUUUUUCAGGAGUCUUCGCAAUCCAAAGCGCGUUCCUACGUUCGUUGUCACCCUUGAUGCUCUGGGGACAAUAUAUCGCUUCAAGCACCCAGUUGCAACGCAAUACGUUGACCUCGCUCACACAUGCGGCUUGAAGGCCAGCAUCGACACUGACCAGCUGAACGAUUCCUUUAAGGAGGCUUUUAAGCACUGCUACGCCGUGUACCCAAACUACGGGAAACGGCAGCUCGAAAGCCCAAAAGAGUGGUGGACGAAGGUGAUUCAUCGGGCCUUCGGACGCUUUGUCGACCAAGAUCGGCUACCCGAGAACCUAGCGAGCCGCAUGUAUGACCAUUUUGCUGGAAGUAACGCCUACGAGCUAUACCCAGAUGCCCUACCCUUGUUCAACACGCUUCGUGCCCUCAAAAAGGACUUCAGUGAUCCUGAUGGGCCGCUUAUCCUCGCCGGCGUGGUUACCAAUUCUGACCCUCGAGCUUCCGCUGUCCUACAGGCAGUCGGCUUGAAGGUACAGGCCAAACCUCCGAAGCGCUAUAUCGGCGAAGCACUCAGCAAUGCGUGGAACGAUGCCAGACUGGAGCGAAUCGAUGGGCUGUUUGCAUCCGACGCCCUGACUUUCAGCCAAUACAAUGACAUCGAUUUCCUUUCGACUAGUUACGAAACAGACUAUGAAAAGCCAGACCCAAAUGCCUGGACCGAAGGCCUUAAGUUGGUGCAGACCCUACCUCUCGUCCGGAAAGCUGUAUCCUUUCGAGGAUCUCCAAGCGCGAACGUCCUUGAAUACAUGCACAAAACCGCACAAACCGUGGGCUACCGUGCUGGGGAGGUCAUGUGGCUUCAUAUCGGCGACGAGUACCAGAAGGACUAUCUCGGAGCGACCGCAGCUUCGCUAGACGCUUUGCUCCUGACACGGGACAAUGAUGGCGAAAUGCCACACAAAAGCAACGUAUCAGCGCCAGAUGUUCCGACCAUUUCUUCGUUGGAUACAGCUGCCAUGAUAAUCAACCUGAAGGCGCGAGGAUUCUUUCAGCGUGUUUCAUGA